AUGACAUUGCAAGUCUUUACUGUGGUGAAUGAAGAAGUAGUCGAGAUUAUGGAGGAGGAUUGGAUGGAGGGUUUGGAUGAAGAUAUGGAGCUAAUGACGGAACCGAUACAACUAUCACUUUUCGCCUUUCUGGGAUUUGACUCACCAAGCGCAACGAAGUUAUGGGGCACAAUUGGAAACACCAAAGUGAUAGUUAUGAUUGACAGUGGAGCUACUCACAAUUUUAUUGACCCCUCUGUUUUAGACAAAACAUCUCUUGCACCAGCCAAAAACAGAUCGUUCGAUAUUUUGUUGGGGACAGGGAUCACUGUCAAUGGUUCAGGCUUCUGUAAAGAUGUGAAGUUGAAUUUGCAGAAGAAUGAUUUCAUCGCCGACUUCUUUGUAUUGGAGUUGGGCAAUACCGAAGUGAUCUUGGGAGUUCAAUGGCUGCGAACGUUGGGCAAGUGUGAAUAUGACUGGGAGAAACAUGAAAUGUCCUUUAAUUACAAUGGCGAGAGGAUUACAUUGUUUGGGGACCAUGAGUUACAGUCUUCCAGGAAGUCGUUGAAACAAAUGCAGAAGCAGAAAUGGGCAGAGUAUGCAGAGUUAGAUGUGGAGUUAAGUGAGAUGAAGGGGUUAGAAGAAAUUAAGGAAGUUCCGGAGAAGAUUCAGAUGAUAUUGGAAGAAUAUUCUCAAGUGUUCUCUAAACCAACCGACUUACCACCUGUGAGGGGUCGAGAACAUGCGAUAAAUCUGAUAUCCGGCACUGGCCCCAUAAGCGUAAGGCCAUAUCGUUAUCCGCAUGCGUAUAAAGAAGAAAUGGAGAAGUUAGUGGGUGAGAUGCUGAAGGCGGGAACGAUUAGACCCAGUAAGAGUCUUUUUUCAAGCCUUGUAUUAUUAGUCAAGAAGAAGGAUGGAAGCUGGCGUUUCUGUAUUGACUACCGGGCUCUGAAUAAAGUGACAGUCGCUGAUAAAUUUCCGAUACCAGUGAUAGAUCAGUUGCUCGAUGAGCUUCAUGGUGCAAAAUAUUUCUCGAAGUUAGACUUGAGAGCUCGCUAUCACCAGAUCAGAAUGCAAGAGAAGGAUGUUGAGAAAACGGCUUUUCGAACAACAAAUGGACAUUACGAGUUUUUGGUUAUGCCGUUUGGCUUAACGAAUGCCCCAGCCACUUUCCAAGCGUUAAUGAAUGAGCUCUUCAAACCGUUUUUGGGAUGA